CCCCUAACAUUCAUUUCAGUUGCAGAGAGUAGACGUAUGAAGAUGAACAAGGAAGAGGCUAAAAUCGAAACCCAAAAUCAAAACCCCAACUCUAGCGCGAACCCCAACAAUCAAAAUCAAAUCCGAGGAUCCAAAGGGAAAUCAUGCAAGGGCUGCCUCUAUUACUCCUCCGCUCUUAAAUCCAAAUCCCAAAACCCAACCUGCGUCGGCAUCCCCAGAACUCUCCAACAAGUACCUAGGUACAUAAUUGGGGAAUCUGAAUUGGAAGCUUCCAAGGAAGGCCGUACUCUUACGGAUUUCAAGUAUGCUUGUGUCGGUUACUCGGUUUUCUUGGAUAAUAAAGAUUCUUCAGCUGAUAAUAACCAGUCUGAUAAACCGGUUGAAUUACCCUUCUGUGUCGGUCUUGAGGUAUUGUUGGACAGAACAGCUGCUUCGAAUGACCAUGUUCCUGCGAAUAUCCAUAAAAACAAAGAUAGUCAUGCGAUUCCUCAACCUCGAACCCAGAGGUCAACACCGUCGACAGGAGAUGAAUUCUAUAACAGGUUUAAAAGGAACGCAGGCCUCGUGGCAACGGGUGUUGUCAAGAAUGUGAAUAAAAUCGGAAACCGCAUCAAAGAAACUCUGGACGACAUUAUGUAUAGGCGACCAAAGUGAGAAUUCUGAAUACUCUUAUGAUCGUAUGCAUUUGACUGCUAUCAUUAUAACACAUUUUUGUCAAGUAUACAUGAAAGUAGCUGCUGCUGAUGGAGCUUGUUCAUUUCCAAAACUCAAACUUUGAUUCGGUAGUGCGCUAAAUUGUUAAGAAUUUUGUUGUUUUUC